AUGUCCUGGAAUAAUAUGUAUCCUUUGAAUCACAGUGAAGCAAGAGCAUCUAGAGAUAAAUUUACGGUUAUUACUCAAGAAAUUGUCAAUCAAGAAGACAAUUUGUAUCCAGAAUAUGGGAAAAAUAUUUCUAAAGAAAGCAUGGACAUGUUUAAAAAAACGGGAAAAAAACUUAAUAGAAACAAUAAAGGCCUAGAUUCAAAAUCUAGGAAAUUGCCAUUCAGCAAACCACUGCCUGUUCCAGAUAUUAUGAUCAAUGAAAGAAAGCCAAACAAAGAAGUGGUUAUACCUCCUCGACCUUUUCCUAAAAAUCACAAAGUAAAUCCGGACUUUCUGUGUGAAACAUGUCAUAAAGACCUAGGAUCAGGGAAAGUAAUAUCAGUAGCAGAAAAAAAAUACCAUUUGGAUUGUUUUUCUUGUGUACAUUGCAUGACAAACUUGGAACAUGUUGCCUUUUAUGAGCAUGAAAACAGAUUAUACUGUCACUUAGACUAUCAUGAGCUUUUUAGUCCAAGAUGCAAAUCUUGCGGGACUUGUAUUGAAGAUCAAGCAAUAUUUGCUCUUGAAAACUACUAUCACCCACUCCACUUUUUUUGUGCGGGAUGCGGAGAACCUUUCGAUGCAGAUACACCUUUUAUAGAAAGAGACAAGUAUGCAUGGUGUCAGCGAUGCUUUGAAAAUAAAUAUUGUUCAAAAUGUGAAAAGUGUAAAAAACCAAUUGUUAACGACCUCGUAUGUGCAAUGGACUUAGAAUGGCACUCAAAGUGCUUUGUAUGUUCUAUUUGCAAUUCGGAAUUCAAAGAUGGAUUUUAUAUUUAUAACGAUGAUUUUAAUUGCCAGUCAUGUUAUUCGUAUAUCAUUAAAGAACGCACGUAA